AUGCAGAUGAAGGUGGCCAUGGAUAAGCAGACGUCGAGGCGUAUCGUUAAGGUAACCAACUACGCGCUAGUUCAGGUGCUGAAGGCCACAGUGGCGCGUCUUCGCAAGGUCGAGAUGGAGUUAGGUGAUCUGGAAUUAGCGCUCGAGGACGAACAGGAGGAGGUUGAGUCGUACAGUGACGACAUUGACGACUGUCACGAUCGUAUUGAAGACAUUGACGAGUUUGUGCGUGAGCUUGAGGCCGGUAAUGUUUGUACGGUGAGCGACUUGGCGGCAGCGCUCUUGGAGAUGACCGAGGAGCGCAAGGAGGAACAGAAGCUGUUGAAGGUGCUGGGCGACGCACGCGCGAGCCACGAGCAGCAGUUCGAGCAGCUGCAUAGCCAGUCUGUUGCGCUUAAGAAGGAGCGCCUUCUGCUGGUUAAGACCCGCUUUGAGAUUUGCUGUCUUUUUCACCGUAACGGCGUCUUUAAUCUCGUGCGACGGAGGCUGGCAGUGUUUAACCCUAAGCUGCUGUAA